UUAAAAUAGCCUUACAUGCUUCACAAAGGCUACUUUUUGAAAGUUUAGUAGGAGACGAUAUGAUAGUUGAAAAUGCUCCAUUUGCAUUUCAAAAAGAAGUAAAAGGUACCUUUGAUAUUAAAUUGGCACCUUGGGGCUACAUAGAACAUUUGCCAACAAAUAUCCUAAGGCAUUUUAAUAAAUUAGAAAGCUGCAAUAGUCUUAUUAAUCAUGAAUUUAUUUUACAAAAAGAGAUCCAAAUUAAAAUUGGAGGAGACUAUGGAGGAGGCAGUUUUAAAAUGAGUUAUCAAAUAGUUAAUACUCAUAAUUCAAACAGCAAAGAUAACACAAUAGUGUUUAGCAUUUUUGAAGCCAAAGAUUACAGAAUUAACAUUAAAGUAACCAUAGAAAGGUUUCAAAAGCAAAUUGAAGAUUUUCAAAGAAUGAAAUAUAAGUAAGUUGCAUAAAUAUGUUGAACUGAUUUUAUUUGUAUAAGU